AUGUUCAUGAUCAUUCGAGAGUCGGCGGCGGCAGGAGGCGCUGCUACAGCCAUGAGCGUGCCACAGGAGCGCACCACCAAACAGGUACAGGCCGCCAUCAAGAAGAAGGUGGAGAAGCGGAGGAAGCGCACCAGCGAGCAGAGAGAAGACAUCCAGGUGUCCACGCCGCAGCCCGGCCCCACUCACAGAAGCGUCCACAUCCCACAGGUGUCCUCCGACGACGACCACGACCACGACGACCACGGGCAGUGGGUGGAGGAGAUGAUGGAGGGACCACAGAGAAGAGACAAGGUCAGAGAGGAGGCGGCGCCGGUUGACCUGCUGCCUAUCGUGGACUCUGUGUUUGGACAGGACAGACAGCUGAGACCGGAGGAGAUGGACGAGCUGCGCGAGGCCUUUGUGGAGUUUGACAAGAAGAAGAAUGGCUCCAUCAGCCACAAAGACCUGGGGGAGUGCAUGAGGACUAUGGGCUACAUGCCCACCGAGAUGGAGCUCAUAGAACUCAGUCAGCAGAUCUGUGGAGGCAAAGUGGACUUUGAAGAUUUUGUGGAGCUGAUGGGCCCCAAAAUGCUGGCGGAGACGGCAGACAUGAUUGGAGUGAAAGAACUGCGAGAUGCCUUCAAAGAGUUUGACUCCAAUGGCGACGGUCAGAUCAGUUUGACGGAGCUCCGUGAGGCCAUGAAGAAGCUGAUGGGGGAACAGCUGACCAACAGGGAGAUCAACGAGAUCCUCCGAGACGCAGACCUGAACGGAGACGGUCUGGUGGACUUUGAAGAGUUUGUGAGGAUGAUGUCACGCUGAUGUGCACCACAAUGGACCUUUUUCUGAGUUUGUGAGGAUGAUGUCACGCUGAUGUGCACCACAAUGGACCUUUUUCUGAGUUUGUGAGGAUGAUGUCACGCUGAUGUGCACCACCAUGGACCUUUUGCUGAGUUUGUGAGGAUGAUGUCACGCUGAUGUGCACCAUCAUGGACCUUUUUCUGAGUUUGUGAGGAUGAUGUCACGCUGAUGUGCACCACCAUGGACCUUUUGCUGAGUUUGUGAGGAUGAUGUCACACUGAUGUGCACCACCAUGGACCUUUUGCUGAGUUUGUGAGGAUGAUGUCACGCUGAUGUGCACCACCAUGGACCUUUUGCUGAGUUUGUGAGGAUGAUGUCACACUGAUGUGCACCAUCAUGGACCUUUUGCUGAGUUUGUGAGGAUGAUGUCACGCUGAUGUGCACCACAAUGGACCUUUUUCUGAGUUUGUGAGGAUGAUGUCACGCUGAUGUGCACCACAAUGGACCUUUUUCUGAGUUUGUGAGGAUGAUGUCACGCUGAUGUGCACCACCAUGAACCUUCUGCAGAGUUUGUGAGGAUGAUGUCACGCUGAUGUGCACCACCAUGGACCUUUUGCUGAGUUUGUGAGGAUGAUGUCACGCUGAUGUGCACCAUCAUGGACCUUUUGCUGAGUUUCUGAGGAUGAUGUCACGCUGAUGUGCACCACCAUGGACCUUUUGCUGAGUUUGUGAGGAUGAUGUCACACUGAUGUGCACCAUCAUGGACCUUUUGCUGAGUUUGUGAGGAUGAUGUCACGCUGAUGUGCACCACAAUGGACCUUUUUCUGAGUUUGUGAGGAUGAUGUCACGCUGAUGUGCACCACAAUGGACCUUUUUCUGAGUUUGUGAGGAUGAUGUCACGCUGAUGUGCACCACCAUGGACCUUCUGCAGAGUUUGUGAGGAUGAUGUCACGCUGAUGUGCACCACCAUGGACCUUUUGCUGAGUUUGUGAGGAUGAUGUCACGCUGAUGUGCACCACCAUGGACCUUUUGCUGAGUUUGUGAGGAUGAUGUCACGCUGAUGUGCACCACCAUGGACCUUUUGCUGGGACUCUUUCUUUCACUGUAGUUAUAUUUUUGUAGAAAAUAUUUCAAAAUGCAUUAAAAAAGUGAGUUGUGGUGUCAUCAAGAGUAUCACAGCAGAGGUGUCAUCAAGAGUAUCACAGCAGAGGUGUCAUCAACAGUAUCACAGCAGAGGUGUCAUCAACAGUAUCACAGCAGAGGUGUCAUCAACAGUAUCACAGCAGAGGUGUCAUCAACAGUAUCACAGCAGAGGUGUCAUCAACAGUA